AUGGACAGUCUCGCUUGCCAUGUCAUUUACGUCAAUCGCAGCGUUGGGGAGGCCCGGCUGCUGCGCGCCAUACCGGACGAUGCCGCGGCCUCGCCGACAGGCGCUACCCCCGAUUGGCGCCGCGAUCGCGUUCGAGAACUCGUCCAGCCUCUCCUCGAUGCCUUUGGUGACGUUCAUGUCUGUGCCACCGGCGCCGCCUGUAUGGAUAAGCUGAUGCAGCUUCACGAAGCUGGGUCCAUGAUGGACAUGACACCAACCAUGGUUCUCCUAGACACGCCCCAUGAUGAAUGGAUACCCGAGUCCUAUUCCCUUCCAAACUCUUCCUCUCCCGAUCCUAAUCUGGUCAACCGCGACGCCGAGAUUCAUACACCUGACGAGAACCUCUACGGCCUGACACUCCUCCAGAGGCUCAUCACCGAAGCCCACCUGCGAAGCAUUUCCAAGCUCGUCGUCCCCAUUCCCAUCAUCAGCUACCCAGAGACUCGCGAACAAAUGACCGACGGCACGACCGAGCCCUUCUCGGCCUCUGCCGGUGCUCAGCCCGUCAGUCGUAAGCUCAUAAGGAGGUGCUUGGACCUUGGCGCCGUCGACGUGAUAAUCAGCCCCCUGGGCCCCAAGUCUAUCGCAACGCUGGAAAUAUGCGCUUAUAAGGCCCAUAGGGACGCCGCCAGGGACCAGCAGGCGAUGAUGGAGAUUACAAAGGGUCGUAAGCGAUCAUGGGUCGGCGUCAACGAGCAGAAGCCCUUUGCCUAUCUGCGAGAGGCAAUGGUCUCUGGCCUCAUGAACGGAAUCUGCCGCCUGUCCCCCGAAGACGACCACAUUGCCGGCGCCCACAUUGCCGUUUCGUCUGAGCGUCAGGCCGUCAUUGCCGAAGCCGUCGGGCGCUGGCAUUUCGAUGCCCACGAAUUCUCCGACGACGAGCUGCUGGUGGCUGCGAUGCAAAUGUUCAAGCAUGCCUUGACUUCGCCAGAACUCGAGAGGUGGCGGAUACCAGCAGACCAGCUCAUUAGCUUCCUUAUCGCAUGUCGUGCAGCAUACAAUAGCUUUGUUCCCUACCAUAAUUUUCGUCACGUGGUGGACGUCCUUCAAGCGACGUUCAAUUUCCUUGUCCACAUUGGCUCGUUCCCUCCGUACCCGACAUGGUCUCAGCCGAGAUUCAAGGCGCAAAAGUCGCCAAUCGCCUCACUCGUCAGCCCCUACGAAGCACUGACCCUUCUCAUCACGGCCAUUGGCCACGACGUUGGCCACCCGGGAGUCAACAAUGGCUUUCUCACGACAUUGAACGCCCCGCUAGCGCAGCUGUACAAUGACCGAUCUGUCCUAGAGUCGUUCCAUUGCGCCGCGUUUUCGCAGAUCCUUCGCAGGUAUUGGCCGGCGGUAUUCGAAGACAGGAAGAUGCGCGGCUUGAUGAUUAGCUCCAUUUUGGCCACAGACAUGGGUCUCCAUUUUGACUACAUGAAGAAGAUGGCGACGCUCAAGGAGAAUUUCAAGGCCGAUAGCAACCCUGAAAACUGGAAUGGGCGCCAACUUGAAGAUGCCAAGGUUCUCGCAUGUUCGCUCCUUAUUAAGUGCGCAGACAUUAGCAACGUGUCGUCUUUGAUGUCACCACCGAAAAAGGACAUUCUUUCCCUGUCUAACGCCCAGCUUGGCUUCAUGAACAUGUUCGCCAUACCACUUUUCAAAGGCGUGGCUGAAAUAAUGCCAGGCAUGGAAUAUACCGUCAAGGAGCUCCAAACCAACAAGAAAUUCUUUGAAGAGAAGGUGCAAGAGGAACAGGCCAAGGAAGCGGAAGCGACUAGCGAGAAGUUGCGGCACCGGCGAACGAGAAGCUACCCAAUCGAGAAUGACAGCGAGAUGAAGAAUAUCGAGAUUUCGCCCGCUCCGAGUCCCUCAACGGCCAAAUCUGGCCACGACCCCCAUACACCGGUCGAACACCCGGAUGUCAACGGCAUAGCCUUCGGGGUCCCUUCAUCUUUUGAUGCUGUCAGAGACAUGGCAGAUGGUGAUCCCUUCACCUGUCACCGACCGGACGAUUCCAUGGAUAGCAAGCUGGUGUCAUCAAAACACCGGACGAGCGAGACCACCGAAGGCAGUUUAUCCGCCAACUAUCCUGCCGAUUGGGCUUCACAGGCCGCGAGUACGGCUACCGGCAAGAUGACCCUGUCACCCAGCACACAGGGCACCAGCAUUGUCAGCAACGAAUCCGGAGAGCGCACCCUCAGCGUCCCUGCGUUCAACAUGUCGCCUCUCAGCCUCAAGGGAUCCCCGACUUCCCCACGCCGAGAACGAGAGCGGGAGCGGGAGCGAGAGCGAGAGCGAGAAAUGGCGCAAGGAGACGAGGAUUCGCCCUUUGGGGGCAGCAUAGGCAGAGCUGAAGGCAAGGCACUUAAAAAACGGCCCAGCAGAUUUCGGAUGAAGGACUUUCCCUUCUUUAAGAGAAGCAAGGGGUCAAGCCCUCCAUUUCCCACUGCUGAUACCUCGGGCUGA